CACACACACACACACACACACACACACACACACACACACAAACACUGAACCAACACCUAUAAAGGGACCCCUACACUGUGGUGUUUCCCAAAUCUCGUUCUGCAGGCAGGACUCAGCUACUGGUCAGAAUGGCAGAGAAAAAGAUGUCGUCGGGCAGGAGGAACCAGCUCAAGAGCUUGCUGCUGCUGAUCGGGGAGUCGAUGCUGGAGAAGGAGGCGCGAGAGGCUGAGAAGGAGAAGAUGACGUUCAUCCAGGAAACCUGCCCUGUUCUCUCCAUCCCGGGCUGCAUGCAGGAGAUGCUGGAGCUGUGCAGGAAAAUUCACAAGCAGCUCGAUCUGGUGGACGAGGAGCGAUACGACAUGGAGUUAAAAGUGACAAAGUCCAACAAAGAGAUCAACGACCUGAAGUUGAAGGUUCAGGAUCUGAAUGGGAAGUUUAAGAAGCCGGCCUUGAAGAAGGUGAAGAUGUCGGCCGACGCCAUGCUGGCUGCUCUGCUGGGCUCCAAACACAAAGUGUCCAUGGACCUGAGAGCCAACCUGAAGCAGGUCAAGAAGGAGGUCAAAGACGAGGAGUUGAAAACAGGCGACUGGAGGAAGAACAUCGAAGACAAAGCCGGGAUGGACGGCAGGAAGAAGAUGUUUGAGACAGACGCUUAA